UAUGGGUCUCUAUGGGUCUCUAUGGGUCCCUAUAAGUAUCUAUGGGUCUCUAUGGGUCCCUAUGGGUCCCUAUGGGUCCCUAUGGGUCUCUAUGGGUCUCUAUGGGUCUCUAUGGGUCCCUAUGGGUCCAUAUGGGUCUCUAUGGGUCUCUAUGGGUCCCUAUGGGUCCCUAUGGGUCUCUAUGGCUCUCUAUGGGUCUCUAUGGGUCUCUAUGGGUCUCUAUGGGUCCCUAUGGGUCUCUAUGGGUCUCUAUGGGUCCCUAUGGGUCCCUAUGGGUCUCUAUGGGGUCUGUAUGAGGCUCUAUGGGUCCCCAUGGGUCUCUAUGGGUCCCUAUGGGGCUCUAUGGGGUCUCUACAGGUCCCUAUGGGUCUCUAUGGGGUCUCUAUGGAUCUCUAUGGGGUCUCCAAGGGUCCCUAUGGGUCGCUAUAGGACUCUAUGGGUCCCUAUGGGUCCCUAUGGGUCUCUAUGGGGCUCUAUGGGUCUCAAUGGGUCUCCAUGGGGUCUCUAAGGGUCCCUAUGAGGCUCUACAGGUCCCUAUGUGUCGCUAUGGGUCUCCAUGGGGUCUCUAUGCGUCUCUAUGGGUCCCUAUGGGUCUCUAUGGGGUCUCUAAGGGUCCCUAUGGGGCUCUAUAGGUCUCUAUGGGUCUCUAUGGGUCCCCAUGUAGCUCUCUAUGGGUCGCUAUGGGUCUCUCUCUAUGGGUCCCUAUGGGUCUCUAUGGGUCUCUACGGGUCUCUAUGGGUCCCUAUAAGGCACUAUGGGUCUCUAUGGGGUCUCUAUGUGCCACCACUGCCAGCGAGGCCGUCAUCUCCGGCCCUACAAGUUGGGGGGCAGGGCGUUAUGGGGGCUCUAUGGGGCUCUAUGGGUGCCUAUGGGGCUCUAUGGGGCUCUAAGGGUCUCUGGGUUUCUAUCGGUCCCUAUGAGGCUCUAUGGGGUCCCAUGGGUCGCUAUGGGUCUCUAUGGGGUCCCAUGGGUCUCUAUGGGUCUCUAUGGGGUACAUAUGGGUCUCUAUGGGUCCUUAUGGGUCGCUAUGGAUCUCUAUAGGGUUUCUAUGCGUCUCUAUGGGUCCCUAUGAGUCUCUAUGGGUCUCUAUGGGGUCUCUAUGUGCCACCACUGCCAGCGGGGCCCCCACCCCCGGCCCUACAAGUUGGGGGGCAGGGCGUUAUGGGGUCUCUAUGGGGCUCUAUGGGGUCUCUAUAGGUCUCUAUGAGUACCUAUGAGGCUCUGUGGGGACCAAUGGGUCACUAUGGGUCUCUAUGGGGUCUCUAUGGGUUCCUAUGGGUCUCUAAGGGUCCCUAUUGGUCUCUAUGGGUCUCCAUGGGGUCUCUAGGGGUCCCUAUGGGUCUCUAUGGGUCCCUAUGGUUAUCAAUGGGUCCCUAUAGGGCUCUAUGGCUCCCUAUGGGUCUCUAUGGGUCUCUAUGGGUCCCUAUGGGUCUCUAUGGGUCUCUAUGGGUUCUAUGGGUCUCUAUGGCUCCCUAUGGGUCUCUAUGGGGUCCGUAUGGGGCUCUAUUGGGUCACUAUGGGUCUCUAUGGGUCUCUGUGGGUCUCUAUGGGUUGCUAUUGGUGUCUAUGGGGUCCCUAUGGAUCUCUACGGGUCCCUAUGGGUCCCUAAGGGGUCUCUAUGGGUGUCUAUGGGUCCCUAUGGAGUCUCUAUGGGUCGCUAUUGGUGUCUAUGGGGUCCCUAUGGGUCCGUAUGGGUCGCUAUGGGUCCCUAUGGGGCUCCGUAUGGCUCCCUAUGGGUCUCUAUGGGGUCCGUAUGGGGCUCUAUAGGGUUUCUAUGGGUCUCUAUGGGUCCCUAUGAGGCUCUACAGGGUUUCUAUGGGUCUCUAUGGGUCCCUAUGAGGCUCUAUGGGUUUCUAUGGGUCCCUAUGGGGCUCCCUAUGGCUCCCUAUGGCUCUCUAUGGGUCCCUAUGGGUCUCUAUGGGUGUCUAUGGGUCUCUAUGGGGUCUCUAUGGGUCUCUAUGGGGUCUCUACAGGUCCCUAUGGGUCUCUAUGGGGUCCCUAUGGGGCUCUACAGCUCUCUAUGGGUCUCUAUGGGUCUCUAUGGGUCUCUAUGGGUCUCUAUGGGUCCCUAUGAGGCUCUAUGGGUUUCUAUGGGUCCCUAUGGGGCUCCCUAUGGCUCUCUAUGGGUCCCUAUGGGUCUCUAUGGGUGUCUAUGGGUCUCUAUGGGGUCUCUAUGGGUCUCUAUGUGUCCCUAUGAAUCUCUAUGGGUCCCUUUGGUCCCUAUGCGUCUCUAUGGGUGUCUAUGGGUCCCUAUGGGGUCUCUAUGGGUCGCUAUUGGUGUCUAUGGGUCCCUAUGGGUCGCUAUGGGUUUCUAUGGCUCUCUAUGGGUCCCUAUGGGUCUCUAUGGGUCCCCAUGGGGCUCCCUAUGGCUCCCUAUGGGUCUCUAUGGGGUCCGUAUGGGGCUCUAUUGGGUCACUAUGGGUCUCUAUGGGUCUCUAUGGCUCUCUAUGGGUCGCUAUUGGUGUCUAUGGGUCCCUAUGGGGCUCCCUAUGGCUCCCUAUGGCUCUCUAUGGGUCCCUAUGGGUCUCUAUGGGUCCCUAUGGGUCUCUAUGGGGUCCGUAUGGGGCUCUAUUUGGUCACUAUGGGUCUCUAUGGAUCUGUGCGGGUCCCUAUGGGUCCCUAAGGGGUCUCUAUGGGUGUCUAUGGGUCCCUAUGGGGUCUCUAUGGGUCGCUAUUGGUGUCUAUGGGGUCCCUAUGGGUCCCUAUGGGUCCCUAUGGGUCUCUAUGGCUCUCUAUGGGUCCCUAUGGGGCUCUAUGGGGUCCCUAUGGGGCUCUACGGGUCUCCAUGGAGUCUCUGUGAGUCGCUAUGGGUCCCUAUGGGUCUCUAUGGGACCCUAUGGGGCUCUAUGGGUCUCUAUGGGUCCCUAUGGGUCUCUAUGGGUCUCUAUGGGGUCCGUAUGAGGCUCUAUGGGUCCCCAUGGGUCUCUAUGGGUCCUUAUGGGGCUCUAUGGGUCCCUAUGGGUCUCUAUGGGUCCCUAUGGGGCUCUAUGGGUCCCUACCAGUUUCUAUGGGUCUCUAUGGGGUCUCUAUGUGCCACCAGCGCCAGCGGGGCCCCCA